UCGACAUUAGCACGCACCACAGGGCGUGCAUCGCACCGUGACCGUUGGUGCAGGGAUGCCCUUCCAAAAUUCUGACUGCACUUGAACUGCGUUGCAUUCGGCGAAGCUACAAAAUUUCAGCACACAGCUAAGUAAACGCCCUUUGGUGAAUUGCAAAAUUUUGAAGCGAUGGCGGAAGCGCCGCCACCUCCAUCACAGCUAGCAGAGGGCGGUCCGCCAGCCAAUGCUCCAGCUCCUGACGGCGGACCUCCAGCACCGAUUGGUCCUGAAAGCGCCUCACCACCUGGAGCCCACAAUGCAGCCGAAUUAGCAUCCUCUGGAGCUGGAGCUACAAAUGCUGUUGGAGGGAUUGUAUUACCUGAUGCAGUUCCUCCUGCUCCGAGCGCAACUUCUCCUGGUGAGGCACCCGUGGCGUCCACUGCACCUGUUGGGCCUCCCACAGAAGGGAUCCAACCAGCUUCACCAACGGCCUUUUCUCCACCCCCUACUGGAGAGCCUGCGACGCAAGUUGCGCUAACAGUUGCCUUUCGACCCUCUGCUACCUCGCCAACUCAGGUCGCGCCACCGGGACAAAUGCCUCUAGGCACUACUGUAUCACCAUCUUUUAUGCCCACGACGUCUCAAGCAGAGGGACAGUUGGCGCUAACACCUGCUCAUAAAUCAUCGGAAAUUGAAAAAAGGAUAUCAAUUAUGCUCGAUCGUAUUCCAUUCAAUGACGACGGGAAGGCCACGAACAAGAAAGAGUAUCUCGCUGCCGUCAAAACAUACGAAGAAAAUAUCGGCGGCCAAGUUGUGAAAGCAAAGCUAUACCUUCAGUCGAAACCUGAAUCCCACGAUGAAGCUGAUUAUUACGACGGAAGAGGUAGGAAACGAAGCAGAGAACUGGUUGAUUACAGAGGACAAGAAAGAUGUAGGGAUGAGUAUGAUCGAAGUGAUAGACGCGACUCUGAGAAGGACUUCUUCAAUAUAAGAAGCUCUGGUGCAAAUUUCCGCCGUCCAGAUGAUUUCUUUUGCGACGAAACAAGCCAAAAUGGACGGAUGAGGUUCAACCCUGCGGCUGAGGAGCUGUACAGGGUGGGAAUAGACCAACCCCCUGAGGCGAGGGUUCGCCUUGAUAUGGGGUAUAAGGGGAUGGUGCUUCGACGACCUGAGGAGAUGGAACAGGCCGGUAUGGGCUACGAAGGAGUAGGUCGGCCUCGCUAUGCAAACAUGGAAAGGCAACACGAAGUAAGGUUUUAUGAGGAUAAUGACAGAGGAGUUGCAUCUUUCCCUCAAGGAUACGAUCUUCAAACUCCAGACGCAGCAAGCUUGCCUUUUACGGUUGUGAACGUCCCAUCUAUGACAUACGUACCAAUGUCUCCUCCACAAAUUCCAACAACGGUAUUAGGAUCACAACAAAUGGUAGAUCUGCAAGUUCCGAUCACGCAAACUUCAAUUCAGACAGUGCCUCCACAGCUACUCGUUCCGGGUGCAGCACAAAUGGCAUUGCAAAUAGCUGCACAAACAGUACCCAAUGCUCUGCAGGUACCAUGUCAGAUGCCUCCUUAUAUGUCUCCACAAAUCGAAGCGAUGGCCCCAAAUGUAGUUCCACAAAUUGCUCAGCAGGUGGCCCCAAGUAUGGCACAACAAGUGAGCCCCAUCAUGACAGCACAGAUGGCAUCCCAAGUUGCACUACAAAUGCCUCCGAAAAUGACUCCUCAGGUGGCUCCGCAAGUUGCUGUACAGUGCCCUGCACAGACAUCUCCACACAUAAGGUCACAGAUGGUCUCUCAGGCUCCCCUAUCAGCGCCGCCUCAAGCAAAUCUAGACUUUGAAAUUUCUCUCACUCAACUGUCCCCAAACCUUAGGAGUACGCCGGUGCAUAUGACAGAGCCUGCACCCAUACCAAAGACCCCUUUUCAUCCAGGAUUUGCAAUUACACAAGGAACGUCGACAAGACAAGUCAAUCACACAGGCGUGCCAAAUCGAUCUAAAACAGUGACAAUUCAUCCAGGACCGUCUGCAGUUACAAUUGAGGCUUCAAUACAAGCAAGCGUGCCAUCUUUGCAGGAUGAUUUUGAUGGGUCUCAGAGCGAACCAUCAAGAGAGAAAUUAUCUCCUGACACAGCAAGAGGAGAGCUUUUGUCCGACACGAACCAAAAUGCACCUCUCAAGUCGCCUACGUCCGUUCUACCGGAAGGUAGCGGUAUUCUGAGCAUAGCUGAAAGGGUCAUUCAGAGGAUAAAACAACAGCUGGCAGGUUUUGACGGCAGGCAAGAUUCGUCUGUAUCUCUGCAUGGCGACAAAUCUGUUUUCCUAAAAGCUGAUUACCAAAGGCAUCGUGAAGGAAUAUCACAUGGGCCGCCUGACCUCAUGAGUGUACCACGUGAGGACAGUAGCGUAUGUAAGCCGACAGAGGCGAAGUUGGGUGAAGGAGUUCAAAAGGAAUACAUUGCAUCAAUUAAGAGAGUUAUAAAGGCGAAUUACGUGAGCGACGAGUCCGUAAACAUGAAUAAGGCUGACGAAGGUGAAGGAGGCAGGACGUUGUCAGGAAUGGCGAGGGAACGGUCUCCGGAGACCGCCUCAAAAAAAGGAAAGAAACAAACAGAAGAGGAAAGCUCAGAAGAGGAUGUCAAGGACGAGGGAACGCGGAGGAAACGGAAAGGAAGAAAGAAAGGAAAACGAAAGGAAGACGAUACCUCUGACGAUGAGGAUAACGAGAAACGGUCAAGGAAAGGGAAGAAAAGACACGCAAGAAAGAGGAGCUCAGUUGAAGAGGACGAGGAUAGCGACAUGCACAGGACAGAACGUGGGAGGAACUCUGGAAGCAGGACCUUCGCAGCAUCUGCCACUGCUGGCGUAAAGACGCAGCGAUUUCUCAUGCAGUUGAACGUGUCUGACAAAAACGUGAGAGAUACGCAAAAAGAGAGAGAAGAGGAAAUAGAGGAGGAACGAAGGCGAAGGAUCGAAAAGGAGAGAGAAGAGGAAAUAGAGGAGGAACGAAGGCGAAGGAUCGCAAAGGAGAGACAAGAGGAAAUAGAGGAGGAACGUAGGAGGAGGAUUGAAAAUGAAAGAGAUCUCAGAAAAGAACAAAUAUAUAGGGAAAGAAGGAAACUCAUGGAGAUUCAACAAGAGAUAGAACGGGAACGCGAUAGGCAACAGUUGGAGCAAGCAAUAGCAGAAAGGGAGUCAGCUAGAGAACAACGAAGAAAAGAAAGGGAGCAGCGCGAAAGAGAGAGGGAAGAAUGGGAGAAGGACAAAGUACAGCGACAGAGGGAGCUUGAUCGCUGGGAAAGAGAACGAGAUGAAAAACAGAAAGCUGAUGAUGUGAAGGUGCGUGAACGAUUGAGAAAAGAGAGAGAAGUAUCAAAAGGCAAUUUGACUGACGCGUACAGCAAGUUAAGAGAAGGUGAAAAACCAAAGUCUAGUUUAAGUGCGGCCUACAAUCAUAAUUUUACAGUAAGAAUUUCUCCUAGUCGAGAGGCCGAUUUACGCCAUCAGCAGAUGAGACACCAAACAAUGCAAUUGCGAGUACGGUCGCCUCCAAAUUCAUAUUUCAUGCAGCCACCACGAUUACCCAUGCAAAUGUAUCAACAAUCAGCACAGCAGCAACAAUACGCAACACCGACUCAGCCCUUCCAAUUUCCGGGGCCCUGCCUGAGGCUUCCAGCCGCAGCCCCGUCCGGUGGGCCGUAUUACCGAAAUGUAAUGGCAGUAUCAUCUGCUGAGAUAGUGAGGGAACCCAUCCCAGGGUCAUCAAAAAACACAUCAAGGCAGAAGAAACUUUCAACAGAAUGGUGGAGUCGAAAGAGAGACGACCGCGAAAAAAGGACGCCAUCGACUGUCCGAAGUUUCAGUGCUACAUCACGCAAGUCGCGCGAGGGCUACCAAGACACGGGAAGUCGGAGGUCUACGUCCCGUCAUCGUCGGAAUAGGAAACGCACAGAUAACGAUGACGAGUACGAUGAGGAAAGUUCUGAGGAAUACAACGAUGAGGAAGACGACUACGAUGACUCAGAGCCUCCUCGGAGGAAGCCAGACCGUGAUGAAUACGACUAUGACAGGUCGCGCAGCAGUCACAGUAUCAAGAGUCGGGGGAAAAAAGAUCCAAAUGCUCGUGCUGAUCGCAGAAGACCGCGGUCAACGGCCACUGAUAUCGAACGCACAGAGAGGCCAAUGGACUAUGCAAUGAAUGUGAAGUUGUCCCAUAGCCGAAGCAGAGAGCAAGAAAAAGGAAGAGGGCGUCUCUUGCAGCAGUAUGAUAGAGAAAACGGGUUUCCGUGCGCAAGUCAGACAUUGCACAUGGACGCUAAGCGCCAAGAGGGGGAACAAGAUGGCACUUGGAAGUUCACCGCAUCCGCAGGCCAACCUAAGUCACGUGAGUCACCCAAACCACCGCCUAAGCCUCAACGGGUGAGGUCGCCAGCUCCGCUAGUUAGAGUUACCAGCAAGUCAACGAUACUUCAUGAGGAUGAUGUUGAAGAAGACAGCCUUGUUCGUGUCACUUAUUCACCAGGUGGAUCGCGCCGUAUCUAAUCAGUGGCGUGAUGCGCCUUUGGAAAGGCACCUUCAUGGCGGAUGAAAGCAAAAGUUUGACUUACUCUAAUAAAUCCUUUC